UGUGACUUCGCCGCGUUAUUUUACCUUGUGUGUUAUUGAUAUCUAGUGUUACCUCAGUCACCUCAGCCAUCAUCACGGAACGUGUGUUGUAUAUUACUUACAUCAGUGGUUCUUAACCUGGGGGCCGUCAGUAAUUUCCAACUGGGGCGCGAGCCCUUGGGAAAAAAAAACAUAAACAUGAAUUUCUUUAACUAUAUCUGUCAUUCUGUUAAAUUAACGAGAGCAUGGUCAAGUAAUGAGAACUUUAUGAAAGAGAUAAAAAAUAUCGCCUUUUUCUUUAAAACCUGUUAGGGAUCCUUAUUUGUAGAUGCAAGGGAGGCGUGUAUUAAAGACAAAUUCUAGGCUAGAGGGGGCGUGGUAGUAAAAAGGUUAAGAAUCACUGACUUACAGAGAAUUAUUGACUUGCCCUGAUUUGCCUGUGUUUAUUCUAUUUGGUGAAGGUGGUGAAUAGAUGAAUAAAAAACGGAUGAAAAAUAAUUGUAAUUGAAUAUAAGCAUAUCAAAAGAUAUCGCAUCCCUGUUUUUACUAUAUUGAAAAAAAGAUAAUGUGAAAUAACACAAAAGAUACAAUAGAUAAUCAAAUCAUUAGAACUGACUAAAAUUUUAUAAUUGAACAUGCAAACUGUUAUGAUAAACAAAUUUACACUGCGAUAGUUAAGAAUAUAAUUACGUUCCUGUCUUCUAGAUAUUCAGAAUACAAAACUGUUAAAUACCGCAGAAAAAAAUACAACUACGAUAAAAAGAUAAGAAUACAAGAAAAAUCGUUUUAAAGAGGAAAAAAACUUAGUAAUUAUAAUAAUAAUAAUAAUAGUAAUAAUAAUAAUAACAAUAAUACUAAUGAUAAUCGAGAGCAUGUAAGGCCUUGAGAGAAGUGACUUGACAGGUAUUAGGAAGGAAGCGCCAUCAUCAUGCCAACACGAGACGCUGUGAAGACUGAAGACUGAAAGGAACACUGCCACCACCAUCAUGUCCUCCUCCUCAUCCACUCCAUCUUCUCCCUCCACGCCUUCCACCGGCUCUGAGGAUGACGUCACAGUGAUUGAGAUGCAGCUGUCACCAUUCAGCGGGGCGGCAGCUUCACCAGGCGAACACAAACGAGAGUUGGCAGCACCAGCUCCACUGCAAGAUGAGCUUUUGGUGGAUAUUUCGGACAUCAGACCAGCUGGUCACAAUAAAGACCUCUUCAGCAUUGAUGAGGACAGUCAUGAAGGUUCACCAAGCAAGUCAGGCUUCCAGCUGGUGGACCUGAGUGAUGCUGAGGCCAUCACCUCUAGUGAGGGUGAUGGCAGCAAUGGGAACAACCAGGGUGUGGCCGGGGUGACCUUUGACCCCAGCAUGUCUGUGACCACCAGCCCCACCCUCAGGACCAGAAGGGAUUCGGCUAGUUCCAGUGUCAGUGACGUUAGUGGGCUGUUCCCCAUCUAUGAGGUUCCUGGAGUGUCUUUCAAUAUGCCUCAGAGUGAUCUUGAGUCCUCGAGUGAGUGGGAGGAGGGCGGGAGUGCAGCGGUGGUGGAGCGGCUGAGCAAGGACACCGUGUACCAGGCAUACCUCAAGAUGCGGCAGCGCUACCACAAGUACAAGGGCCGGUACGCUAUGUGGUUGUUCGUGUGUUGGUAUGCUGAUCUUGCCCGGGCGUACAAGGAUAAGGAAAAAGAAUCAGACAAGCUACGUGACGUCCUUGCCAAGACACAAGACAAAGCUCUGAGGAAGGUGAGUGAGUUAAAGGAGCAGUGUUCCUUAGAGCAGCAGGCAAAGGCACACUUGGAACAGGAGCUUCGCAGUGACCUGGAAGAAAAGGACCACAAGAUUGCUGCCCUGCUCACCAAGGUGAGUGGCCUGCAGGAACAGUGUGUACUGCAGAAACAAGCCAAAGCUCACCUGGAGGAAGAGCUUAAUGCAGAUUUAGAAGAGAAAGAACUGAAGAUAUCAGCUCUCAAGAUGAAGGUAACAAUCCUUCAGGAGAGUGUGUCAGGCGACUUGGCCAACCCUGCUGUCAGCCACAACAACAACAACAACAAUAACAACAACAACCAGCAGCAGGUAGCCAGUGGGGGCCUCACCUUACAGGAUGAGGGGGACACCACCUCGGCCUGUGACAACUCCUCCAGCACAGACAACACCUCCACUGCUGAGAGUGUCUCCACCACUGACAACAUCUCCAUGGCAGAUAACGUGUCAGUGGCGUCGCAUGGGUCUGCCUCCACCACUGUCACCGCCAGCCAUGAGGCCGAGGAACUUAUUGAGAAACUCAAAGCAUCUGUGGAAGUGGAAGAGAAUGGUGACUCACCUGAUGUAAGCAAGCACAAAUCUCUUUUGGCCCGCUGCAUGGACAACAUUCGCACCAACAAGGAACGCAUUGGCGUCCUCAUGCAGGAAAGGGACAUUGCCACAUCACAGUUACAGGAAAAGAUCAAGCAAAUUGACAUCCUAAAGGAGGACCACCUCAAGGAGCUGGAUUCCCUGAGAGCCAGCAUGGAGUCCUCUGCACUGAGCAUGGCGGAGACCAAGAAGCAGCUAUUUGAAGAGCUACAGGUUAAGGAGGCCGAGGCAGAGCGCUGUAAAAAGGGAGCAGCAGCACUGGAGACACAACUGGAAGAAGAGCGCUCUCAGUGGCAGGAACAAUUGCAGAAUAAGCAACAGGAGUUAGAGGAAAAGGAAGCCAUGAUUCAGGAACUUGGGACCAAUAACACAACACAGGAAGACCAAGAAGAAGACACAGAGGCAUCAGUGGCAGCAAUUAAGAAAGAGGUAGAAGCUAAAAUAAAUGAGUUAGAAACUCGCACUCAAGAACUAAAAGAAUCAAGAACAGACCUUGAAUCUCAGUUGUUACAAAUCAGUGAUGUGAAAGCACAACUAGAAGACAGAGUGCUUUCCCUGAACAAAGACAAGGAGGAAAUGAGUAGGAAUGUUGAGGCAAUGGUGUAUGAGAAAGGUGAAUUGGAAGAAAAGUUGAGGACUGCAGAGAUGGUUAGAGAGGAACUAGAGAAUAAGGUACUAGAUGUAGAAAAUGUUCAUGCCAGUCUCAAGGAGGAGAUGGAGAAACUUUCAAAGUGUAAUGUACAGCUGGAGGAGAAAAUUAAGGCAAGUGCAGAAAGUCAACAGGAGUUUGAAAAGGAAAUGGAGGAUUUGAGGAAAGUAAAUUCAGAAAAUGUGAACCAGAUUUCAGCAUUUUCAGGUGAGAUAACAAGUCUGAAGGAAGUGAAUGAAAAAUUAUCUAACACCAUAGAGCUGAGUCAGAAAGAGAACACCAGUUUGAAAAGAAACCUAGAAGAAAUUGAAAAGGAAAAGGAAAAUAUUUGCAAAGAAGUGGAAGAUUUGAGGAAAACAAAUUUAGAGUAUAUUAACCAGACUACACUUGUUUCAGAAGAUAUAAAGGUUCUGAAGGAGGUGAAUGAGAAACUAGCUAAUAGUUUAGAUUUGAGUCAGAAAGAAAACAUGAAGUUAAAAACAAGUCUGGAAGAAAUUCAAAUAGAGAAAGAUGCAAUUUUCAAAGAUGUAAUGGAAAAACACAAAACGAUAGCAAGUUUGAAAGAGAGAAGUGCAGAACUUGAUGAAAAAUUACAAUAUGUUUUUAAAGAAAAUUCUAGUCUUACAGAGGAAAUUGCAAGGACAAAAAGUGAAAAGGAGUUACUGAAUAAACAGAUAAAUGAAAGUAUGGCUGAUGCAGAUAGGGAAAAGGACUCUUUGUCAGAGGAGCUUGAUCAUUUGAAGCAGGAAAAUGAAAGAAUUAAUAACGAAUUCAACCAAACUAAGCUAGAAAAGGAAAUUGAAAACAAAAGACUUGCAGUUCUGGAGAAAGAGAAUGAGGAACUGAAAUCUGAGAAGGAGCGACUCAAUUUAGAGCUGGCACAGUCCAAAGCAAGCAUUUCGAAGGUGAGUGAACAAGCCAUGACAGAAAUCACACUUGCUAAUGAAAAAAUGGAUAGAUUAAAGGAUGAAUGGGCUAGACAAAUGAAGGAAAAAGACACAAUUAAUAGUGAACUCAUUCAAAAAUUGUCUGACUUAAAUGAAAAGUUGGUUCAAAAGGCUAGUGAACAUGAGCUGAAAACUAAAGAAUGCAGCCAGAAAUCUGAUGAAUACAAUGAGAAACUAAAGACCUUACAAUCCCAGCUGCAAGAAAAAGAAGAAAAGAUACAAGAGUGCACAUUGCAGCUCAGUGUUUUGGACCAGGAAAAUAAAAGAUUGAAAGUGUUGUCAGAGAAAGAUAGAAAUGAACUGCAAACAAAGGGAAAGGAAAUAGAGAGUGAGUGCAGCAGUCUAAGGAAGGAAAAGAGUGAACUGAGUGCCCGAGUGGAGGAGCUGGAGGCCAUUGUGGACAGCCAUGAAGUGGAGCUGACAGCAGUUAGGGAGGAUAAGAGAAAGUACACCGCUCAGCUGGAGACUGUCACAGGUGAGAAGAAAGAACUCCAGGAUGAACUUCAGACACUGGAAAAUGAGAUCGUUCAAUUGAAAAAAGAAGUUGCUGAUAAGGAAGGAGAUAUACAGAGUUUAAAGAAAGAAACUACACAGAGUCAAGAAGAAUAUGCCAAAGUGCGAGAGGAAAUGGCAAAGCUUACUGAAACCUUUGAAGUGGAAAUGAACAAAGCCAAGGAAAGUUACACAAAACUAAAGGAUAAUUUCCAUGAGAUCAGUAAAGAGAAGGAAGACAACUUGGCCCAUCAGAAUGAACAAAAUAGUGAACUUCAGGCUAAGCUUAUGGAACUCAAGCAGCAGCUUCAGGAAAUGCAAAAUAUGCUGAAACAGAAGAAUGAGAAAAUAGAAAAUUUGCUAAAUGAGAAAAAGAUCAUGCUCUCUGAGUUGGAGAAGAGAGUUGAGGAUCUGCAAGAUGAACUGAAGGAAAAAGAAACCUUGUUGAAAGCAAAAGCCGAUGAGUAUGACUCCAGGACAGAAGAGCUGGAGGCACAAAUGUCUGCCAGUGAAGAUGACUUGAGAAAGAAGCUUGAGGACAGCUUUCAAGAGAAGCACAAGUUGGAGCAGCAGCUGGGAGAUCUACAACACAAGCUGUCAGAAAAAGAUGAGCUGGCAGUGAGACAGGCAGAGGUUGCAGAGCAGAAGUUAACUCAGGUGCAGCAGUCCUUCGCCACUGAAAGGGAGGACCUGGAGAACACCUGGGAGCAGAAAUUAAGAAAUCAAGGCAUUGCAGAUUCCCUUAGUGCAAAUUGCCGCUAUGUUGCCUUGCUCAACAUGAUAAAGAUCUCGUGUGAACUUGACCAGCUCAAAAAGCACCACGAAGAAGCUUUGGCGAGUCGCGAGUCAGAGGUGACCAGGUCCCACCAGGCUGAGUUGGAAGGUGUCCAGAGUAGCUACCAACAUUCUGUUGCUAGCAGGGAUGCUACCAUUGCUGCCCUUAAGGAUGAAGCGGACCAGCAGAGGCUUGCCCACCAGGACGAUCUGGAGGCCUGGCAGCGCAAGUACCAGGACUUGGAGAGCCAGCUGGCAGAGGCCAAGUGUCAGAUUGAAAGGCUUCAGGGCUUUGAAGCAUGUCUGGAAGAGGCUCGUACGCAACUUGCAGCAGCAGCAGCCAAGCGCCUCAAGUUGGAGGAGAAGCUCGCGGCAGGUACGGGCACCAGUGCGCCCCUCAAGACGGAGAUAGAGCAGCUGCAGCAGCACAACAAGCAGCUCAAAGACACCCUGGAACACUACCAGAAGGAGAAGGAAGAAACUAACAAAAGAAUAGCUGCUUUGGAGUCCAGUAAUGAUGACAGCAAAAACAAGGUUAUGGACAUGGAGUUGUCUCAGAAGAACCUCCAGGAAAACAUCAAUAGAUUGAGUCAAGAAAAGGAAAGGUUGUUUCAUGAGAUUCAAGAAGGAUCUUCAGAAGGAAUGAUUAAUGUGUUGAUCAAGGAGAAAGAAGAAUUAGCAGAAAGGCUUACUAAAGAAAAGGAAGCUCAGAUGAAGGAAUAUCAAGGAAGGAAUAAAGCUCUACAAGAAAAGGUUGAAGGUCUUGAAGACAUAAGGCAUGGCUAUGAGAAGCAAAUAAGCCAGAUAGAAGCAAGUAAUGCUGAAAUGCACAGCAAGAUAGGAAGUGUGCAGCAGGAAUAUGAUGCAGCCAAAUCUGAGACUCAUCAGAUCCUUGCACAGAAACGAGACAUAGAAGAGAGAUUCAAAGAAAAUCUAAAGAUUAAAGAAGCUCUGCAGGAAGAGAUAACUGUGCACAAAGGCAACAUAAACAGUAUGAAGGAGGAACUGGAAGCAGAGAAGAAUAAAGUUCAGACAAUGGUUGAGACAAUCAGCACUUUGCAGAACAACAUCCUAAAUCUCCAGAAGCAAAUAGAAGGACUCAAUGAAAUGUGCAGCAAGCUUGCCUGUGACCUGGAGGCAGAGAGCAAGCUGAGAGUGGAAGCACAGGCACAGCUAACACAAGUGCAGCAGCUCAACAAACAGUUGCAGGAACAUUUUGGUGUUGGUGACAUAAUGCUUUGCCAGCUUAAAGUAGAGCAAGACAAGUUACAGGCCUCCAUGUCCUCUCUGUCAGAAGGCUGCAGCACAAGUGCUACUACUGAACUCUACUCCCAUGCUACAAAAUCUGACUCAGAUGAACAAACUCCUCUGGUAGAUAGGACAGACUCCUCAGGCGACGGGAAUGUCGCUGCCGAACAAUUAGCCGAAAAAACGCCAACGAAUGUAGAACAACGAAUCAAAGUUGAUGAAGUGAGGAGAUUAAAGGCUGUGCUAGGGGCAAGGGAUGAAGACUUGAGUAGAACCAGACAAACCAUUAAAGACUUGCAGGACAGAUUAAGAAUAGCAGAGGUUGUCAGUGGUGAAGUUGAAGAAUACAGAAGAAGAGUGAGAGAAAUAGAAGCCAAGCUCUCGGAGAUGGAGGAACAGCACCGGCAGCAGGUUGAGGCAGCAGCACAGGAGGCGGAGAGGCGUGUAGCAGCUAAGGAACAGGAAUGCCUCAACACCAUUUCCACUGCUUAUGACCAACAGGACAGUGAGACCACCGCCUUAGUACGCCAACACCAGGAGGCGCUGAGGGAGGCACAGCAGGAGGUGAAGGAAAAGGCAGUUAAGCUUGACACAAUGUCUCAGGAUUACAUUUAUAAGCUUAAGGAGAAAGAUGAUGAGUUGUGCAAGUUUGUCCAACAGUACGAAGAACAGCUGGCCAAAAUGAAAGCCCAGAAUGAGGUGCAUGUCAAGGAGAUAGAGGCCACAUGGAAGAGCCGGGCAGAGAAGAUGGUGAAGCAGAGGGAGGGUGAGAUGCAGCAAGAGAUGAAUGGCCUCAAGCAGGACUGGACGAAAGAGCGUAGAAGUCCCGAGCCUGACCCUGCUGAAAGCCCCAAGGAACUGGAGAGGCUGACCCAGGUAGCAGCUGCUGCCUUCCAGAGUGGCACUGAGUCAGUGGAGCUCCUCAAGAAGCAGGUGGCUGCUCAGCGCAGGGAACUGGAGGAUGUGAAGCACAACCACGGGAAAGAAGUAGGUGAGCUGAAAGCUCUGCUGGAGCUGAAGCGAAGGGCAAGGGCUUCCAGUGGAAGCUCAGGAGUCCGGCUCGGGGUGUCUCUUGAAGAAGCAGCAGAGUUUGAGUACCUCAAGAAUGUUUUGUACCAAUACAUGCUGGGCAAAGAAACACAGACAUUAAGUAAAGUGUUGUGUGCUGUGGUGAAGUUUGAUGGUCGGCAGCAGCAGGAAAUUCUGGAACAUGAGGAGCAGCGCCAAAGUAUGCUGAGGUCAGUAAAUGGCUCAGUUCACCCCAGCCUUCUCCAGGAAGGAAAGUCAGCUGUGUCCAAGGCGCUCUGAUUACACAGCUGCCGAAUUGGUCACAAGGUUUAGGCUUCUACUGAGGGAUGCAAACCACAUCUGCCACCUGAAGGGAAAUAGGUAAAAACAUGUUCAUAAAAGUACCUGAAUUAUGUUAAAAGCCAGUUUAUGACUGGAGAUUUGUGGUUAUUACACUCAGUAUCAGGUUCAUUGUACAGUGUUCAUGUUUAGCAAUCUAUAGCUAAGCAGCUCAAAGGAAGUGAUGGUGUCAGUAUACACAAUACUUGUUCUGUUACUCAUCAGCACAAAGUUUAAAAGUUACACAGUUUUAUAAGAAAAUGCCAAUACUGUGGGAUAGCCAGUGAUCAUUUCAACACUGCAUGAGUGUGGCUGUCAGGCUCCACGGGGAAAAUUUUUGGUGAAUGUCAUUGUUUGGUAGAUCAACUUCUUUUUUUUUUUUUUUUUUUUUUUAUUUAGUUUAUUUAUUCAUUAUUUUUGUAUUAGAUUAUUUCUUUCCCCACACUAACCUGUUAUCUUCAGAAGACUUCAAAUCAACACAAUUUAGAAAACAGAAAUACCCACCAGGUGCAGCAUGAGCUUUAUUUUUUAUCAUAAAUUCAUAUCUUUAAAUUAUCAAUGUACUCCUCUUUUUGCAAGGUAAUAAAGAAUCUAGUCAUUAUAAUCAUACCCAUUGUAAAGAUUCAUUAUUCUGUUAUUAUAUCUUGGCUGAUUUUAGUGCAGAGAACCCUCAUGAAUGCUGCCCAACAUUUUUCAUUACCUACGUAACAUUAUAUAUAUAUAUAUAUAUAUAUAUAUAUAUAUAUAUAUAUAUAUAUAUAUAUAUAUAUAUAUAUAUAUAUAUAUACAGAGUAUAUUUUUAAAGCAGUGAAAUCUAUUUGUAAGUUUUUUGUAAGUGUGCAAUGUGGCUGUAGAGUCUGGGUUUCGAAGUCCUGUUUUUCUUUGUGUUUUCAGAACCAUGGUUAACUUCUUAAUAUAUUAGCAAAUUGAUUGAGAAUAUUAAUUCACUGAUUGAUGAUUGAUCUACUGACUUGUGAAUGAUUUAUCUACUAAUUUGAGAAUAGUGCAAAGUACUGAUUGUGGCUCUCAUAUAUUUAUGAAAGUUGAACACUGUCUCAUAUUUAUUAUUACUGCAUAGAUAUUAUUAGGAUCUUAAAACCACACCUUUAUCAGUCCUCUUCAUCUGUUUUUUUUUUUUUUUUUUUUUUUUUUUUUCAAAACUAGGGAGAUUUCUAUUUUGAUUAAUGAACACUUUCCAUAAUACAGUAUGUCUAUUCUUUCAUACUGUUCAUCAGCGGCCAAAUGUAUAUAGCAGAACAUUUCCUUGUAAGAAACUUGGUGUUUGAACAAGAAGCUGAUUACUGACUAAAGCAACUCACACACUACAGUGCUGGAUAGCCUCAGUGAGGCUGAUGUUGCUGUGAUCCAAGAGUUCUUCCAGCUUUUGAGAGAGAGAGAGAGAGAGAGAGAAUGAUCCCUUUCUUCAAUACAUCUCAGACACCAUUGUUUGAUGUCCAUCUCAACUGAAUAAUCAACUGAUAUAAACAGAUAAAUAUUUUAUUAGUAGUAAUUAUUGAUGUGUAUAUAACUAGCCAGAGAUUCUCUCUCUCUCUCUCUCUCUCUCUCUCUCUCUCUCUCUCUCUCUCUCUCUCUCUCUCUCUCUCUCUCUUGUAAUUGAAUUGUUUGAUGCCCACAUAAAUUGUGGUAGUGGUCAUGUAUCACAACAGGGACGAGGAAAAAAUUGCCGAAUGUCAGUCAGUGUCUUUCAUUGAUGCUUCUUAAGGUGCAAGUGGCAAAGUGUGUGUGGAAAAUUGGUUAUAUUUUGAAAACACAUUGAAUGAGGCAAGUGUUGUGCUUAUCAAAGGAUGUUUCCCUGUCUUAUGUUUGUUGUUGAAUGGUUCAAAAGGCUUUGUAUUUGAAAUGAGAGGCUUGUAAGAAAUCAGUAAAGGGAAGACAUAGCAUCGCAGUAUGUCAGGAGGGUGUUUUGAAAGAGGCAAACUGAAGAGUUGAGUUAUAGCCACAAACCAUUUGUUAAGGAGUGUCAUCAGGAAACAAGAUAGCUUCAUUAGGUUGUGUUUAGCAGAAAAUCAAGAAAAGAAUACUGUAUACCAUAAGACAUAUUAUUGUAAUGUAUGUAUAUGGGUAACUAUAAGAUGACAUGUUAAUGUAUCUUUACCUCGGUUUAUGAGGGAAAAAAAAAAGACAAUUGCAUGUUCUCUUACAACUUUUCUCUUCUGAAAAUAUUUUUUUAAUCUUUAAAAAGAUCAGUGAUCCAGAAGGGACUUGUUUUACAAGAUUGACUCAAACCUGUGGAAGGAAAGCCUGUAGAAAUGUUGAGAACUGCAUUAAUCACGUACAUAAAAGGCAGAAGCUAAAAUAUUUUCAGAGGUUAUUCAUGAAAGGAUAAGGAAUAAAAAGACAGAGAAGAUUUAAGAAAAUAUUGAGACUCAGAAGAUCCAGUACUAAUAUACUAUUGAGACACAAGGUUAUCAUAACUAUAAUAAUAAUUUCUUUCCAUACCGAGUGCCAAGUACCUAGUGGCACUGUGAACAUGACACUGUCUCUCUCUUUUACAGUCACUCCAUUUAUGCUGUUGAUUUUGUUAGAUAUAUGUUGUUGUUGUUAAGAGAGAAAUUUAUUAUAAUUUUGUUGUACAUCCUGUAGCUUUAUUUAUUACUUUACUUAGCUUUGAGUGAUUAUCUCAGCUUAGUUGUCAACUCACUUUAUAUACAUGUCAUAUUUCCUGAGCCUGCAACCUGUAGUCAGUCACUGUAGCUAGGGAAUCUGUUUAGCUGGUCACUUUUUUUAUAUUUAAACCUUCAUAGUGUUUCCACUGAUCUUCCUGUGUGAAACAUUGAAAAGUGAAACUAUUUCACUUUUUAUUUUUAUCUGUGUGGCUAUUGAAAGACUAACCCAAAACUAGCAAGUUUUUCCUUAUGGUAGAAGCCUUGAUUUAAUAUUAUAUUCAGUAUAAUAUUGUAUGUUUAUUCACUUUUUUAUUGUCUGAAUUGCAAUCUUGCCUGAAAUAAUUGGGUUCAACCCAUACCUUGGCCUUAUGAAGGUUUUAUGAAACAAAUCAUCCUUGGAUUUAGUUUAUAUAUAUAUAUAUAUAUAUAUAUAUAUAUAUAUAUAUAUAUAUAUAUAUAUAUAUAUAUAUAUAUAUAUAUAUAUAUAUAUAUAUAUAUAUAUAUUGGUACCUUGAGAUACAAGUUUAAUUUGUUCCAUGAUCAGCUUAUAUCUCAAGAAGCCUGUAUCUCAAAACAAUUUUUUCCCAUUGAAAUGCUUUGAAAUACUAUUAAUCUGUUCCAGCCUCCCCAAAAAGAGCACCCCUAAUUUUUUUGUGUGUGUGUUUUCAGGUAAGAAAAAGGUAUUUAUAAAUAAUAAUUAUUGCACAGAAACAUAAUAAAAUAUAACAAAAGAUAUAAAUAAAUAAACUACUCUUAUAAAAUAUAUUUAUCUCGGAGGAUGCAUUCUACGGGAUGUUACCCUACUGCAUUCUCAACCCUCCCUUGGGACUGUCAAUCAGCUGGAGUGUACAAAUAUAGCCACCCACAGAAGACUGGCUGCUCUAAUAAUCACAGAAGAUUUCAUUAUGAUCCUGUAAACAUUGUUCAUUGAAUGAAUGAAGUUUUAAGUAGGAGAGAGAGAGAGAGAGAGAGAGAUUUAUAUUCUUUCCCCCCUCCAUGAUAAGCGUCGGGUGGGAGGUAGGGGGAGAUAGGAGAAAUUUGUUAAUAUUAAUUUAUCAAUGCAUGAAAAUAUAUUAAAUAACAGCAAAAAUUUAUUUAGUGUUCUUACCUUGGAGACACAUGAUUUUCGUUAAUGAAUAAAAAAAAAAAAAUCAGUAAAUAGUGCAAAAAUUAUCAAAGAACAAUCACAGUGCAUGAGAUCCACGGGAAACACAUAGAUACUAGCUCAGCUGACGUUGGAACAAUGCGCCGAGCCGCCAACUACAGCAGCAACAUCUCCAAGCGUGACUCAUAUCUCAAAAUAUUGCUUAUAUCUCAAAGUAAAGAAAAAUUACCAAAUCAUAGCUCAUAUCUCAGGCAGCUCGUAUCUCAAGGUACCACUGUGUGUGUGUGUAUAUAUAUAUAUAUAUAUAUAUAUAUAUAUAUAUAUAUAUAUAUAUAUAUAUAUAUAUAUAUAUAUAUAUAUAUAUCCAAUCACUCUCUUGUCAAUAUUCUUCUUAUUAUUAUUAUUUAUUUAUUUCUGAAAUAUCACAUUAUAAUAGAUAUAUGAUUGAUAUACUUCUAUCAGUCUAAGAUACUAUAUAUCUGUAUAUAUUUGUACAAAGUUUUCAAGUACCAAGGUUGUCAAUAUCACACUGUGGGAACAUCCACAUCCUAGCCUCACCCAAGCAGCUUGUGUUUCGUAUCUUCUGGUUGAACUUGUCUUGUGUACUAAAACCACUGCUUUUAUUUAUUAAGGUCCUUAGUGCAGAAACUCAAGGGUGCAGUCAUUACCUAGAGUAUUCAAAGUUCCUUGUGGUAACACAUUUGCUAAAAGCUUUCCAAAGUGUCUGUGUAAACAAUGUAUUAAAAUUAUUAUAGAUGAAGGUUUAAA